AUGGAAGACAUAGAAGAAUACGAAGAAGAAUACGUUACUUUCUUCAUGAACCAAGUCAAGAAAAUGGAUAACAAAAACAUGGUUAAUACCUAUUCAGCAAUUACUGUUGAACCAAGUACUGAAACAUUUGAGUUUUAUAGUUGGAAGGGUGAAAUAGAUAAACAAGCUUUGUUAUCACAGUUAUUAAAAUUUAGUGAUGCUGAGAAAAUUAAAAAUGAUAAAAUUGACUGUAUUUAUCUAGGUUCUUCUAAAUAUUUACUUAAUGAUGAUCCAAUUAAGACGGAAGAUGGUGGUUUUAUUUACACAUUUUUAGGAACAGUUUUAGAAGAAGGUCAAGAUAGAAAGUUUGGAUUAGUGUUAGGAUAUUCUGUUUUAGAUUUGUUUAUUUUAGUUAAAUGUCCAAUUGAUCAAAUAAUUCCAUUUAGAAGUCAUAUUUAUUCAAGAUGCUUUGAGGAUGUUCAGCUUGAGGAAUAA